GAACCCCGGUCGCUGGAAUCCCGAAUCCUCCAACCGUGGAUUCCUGAGGGACCGCCUAGCUGGACUGCGUCCCCCAGACCGUCAUUUACGGGAUCCCCCCGAGACUUUCUAUUCCUCAACUAGGAUCCCUAUUUCGGAACCGUCAACUCUGAUCCCUCCUUGACUAUCCUCCAGUCUGGGGAUCUCCCAGCCCCAGAACCAGCCCACUGACCCCAGGGUUUUCCGGAGCUGAAGAAUGACACAUUCCUGCGAGCAGCCUGGGGAGAAGACACAGACUAUACUCCCGUUUGGUGCAUGCGGCAGGCAGGCCGCUACUUGCCAGAGUUUAGGGAAACUCGGGCUGCCCAGGACUUUUUCAGCACCUGUCGCUCCCCAGAGGCCUGCUGUGAACUGACUCUGCAGCCACUGCAUCGCUUCCCUCUGGAUGCUGCCAUCAUCUUCUCCGACAUCCUUGUUGUACCCCAGGCACUGGGCAUGGAGGUGACUAUGGUGCCUGGCAAAGGGCCCAGCUUCCCAGAGCCAUUAAGAGAAGAGCAGGACUUAGAGCGCCUCCGGCAUCCAACAACAGUGGCCUCUGAGUUGGGCUAUGUGUUCCAGGCCAUCACCCUCACCAGACAACGGCUGGCUGGGCGUGUGCCACUGAUUGGCUUUGCUGGUGCCCCGUGGACUCUGAUGACAUACAUGGUUGAGGGUGGCAGCUCAAGUACCAUGGCUCAGGCCAAGCGCUGGCUUUACCAGAGACCGCAGGCCAGUCACCGGCUGCUUCACAUCCUCACUGAUGCUCUGGUCCCGUAUCUGGUGGGACAAGUGGCUGCUGGUGCCCAGGCAUUGCAGCUCUUUGAGUCCCACGCAGGGCAUCUUGGCCCACAGCUCUUCAAUAAGUUUGCACUGCCCUACAUCCGUGAUGUGGCCAAGCAAGUGAAGGCCCGCCUGCAGGAGGCAGGCCUGGCACCAGUGCCCAUGAUCAUCUUUGCUAAGGAUGGACAUUUUGCCCUGGAGGAGCUGGCCAAGGCUGGCUAUGAGGUGGUUGGGCUUGACUGGACAGUGGCCCCAGAGAAAGCCCGGGAGUGUGUGGGGAAGACGGUGACCUUGCAGGGCAACCUGGACCCCUGUGCGCUGUAUGCAUCUGAGGAGGAGAUUGGGCAGCUGGUACAGCAGAUGCUGGAUGACUUCGGACCGCAGCGCUACAUUGCCAACCUGGGCCAUGGACUUUACCCUGACAUGGACCCAGAACAUGUGGGUGCCUUUGUGGAUGCUGUUCACAGACACUCACGUCUGCUUCGACAGAAAUAAGCAUACACCUUUUCCCUCAAUUACCACUAAUACAGUGUUUGAUUGUUUCCAGGAGAAUAAAAGUUCCAGAGUUGGA